UCUCCCUCUGAGCGUGAAUGUCAGUCUACAAUUUGUUUAAAGUCUGCGGGCUGAAUCUGUUGUAUGUAAGUCUGCGCUCGGUUAUCACGGAGACCGUGUCGGUAUUUCACAGUGUGAGUAAAGUCAACAUCUGAGUGUCCGCGGGCACGGGACUAUCCGCGAUCUCCACAUUACAGAACCGCUCGGUUGGCAUGGAUACGGCGCAUUUGCUGUGUUUUAUUCCCUAAAUGGAAGUAGACAAGUUCGGUGGAUUCACACAGCAUCGGAUGUCCUGUUGGUUCUGAUCGUCUUUUUCAGUUCUUUGACUGCUGGUAUUAAGAUCGCAAACUUGCGUUUUGAGAAUUGGUGUGAUGGAUAAAGACGCGCUGCUCGCGCUGUUCAUCUUCUUGAAUGUGGUUUGCCCGCGCACGGAUGCGUUCAGGAGGGAGACCGCGGAGAGACGCUCCAGGUCGGACGGUUUCUGUAGGAUCUUACGGACGCAGACGCGCGGCGCGCGCAGAGACACGCAGAGCGAGUUUCGCCUCAGAGUUGAAGGAGAUCCGGAAACUUAUCAACCGGGGAGCACUUACAGAGUGAGUUUGCAUGCGUCCAGCCCAUCUUACUUUCGUGGAUUUACCCUCAUCGCGCUGAAAGAAGGAAGGGAGGGGGUCACUCCUGAUGAUUAUGCCGGCAAUUUCAAGAUCAUAGAUGAAAGCGAUACGCAGUUCAUGACCAACUGCCCUCCGGCCGUCACUGAGAGUAUUCCCAGGAGACGCACAAGGAUACAGGUGUUCUGGACGGCGCCACCUUCGGGUAGCGGCUGUGUCACCCUCAAGGCCAGUGUUGUCCAGAGAAGAAUCAUUUUAUUUCAAGAUGAGGGCUCACUUACCAAGAGAAUGUGUGAGAAAGAUCCAGUUGCAUCCACUGAAAAACCGGUUCAGGAGUGCUGUGCUUGCGGUACCGCAAAGUAUAGACUCACUUUCUAUGGAAACUGGUCUGAGAAAGCCUAUCCCAAGGAUUACCCAAGACGUGCUAACCAUUGGUCGGCUCUCAUCGGCGCAUCUCACACAAGAAGCUACGUGUUAUGGGAGUACGGAGGUUUCGCCAGCGAAGGCGUCAAACAGGUCGCCGAAUACGGCUCACCCGUCAAAAUGGAAGAGGAGAUUCGUCAAAAGGGGGACGAUGUGAUGACCGUUAUAAAAACAAAAGCACAGUGGCCGGCCUGGCAGCCUCUUAAUAUACGGGCCGCUCCAUCAGCAGAGUUCUCAGUGGACCGAACCCGUCAUCUCAUGUCAUUUUUGACCAUGCUGGGUCCCAGCCCCGACUGGAAUGUGGGACUGUCUGGGGAAGAUCUCUGCACCAGAGACUGCGGUUGGGUCCAGAGAGUGGUGAAGGAUCUGGUGCCGUGGGACGCUGGGACUGACAACGGGGUCACCUAUGAGUCUCCCAAUAAACCCAGUAAUCCCCAAGAGCGCAUUCGGCCGCUCACCAGUUUGGAUCACCCACAGAGCCCAUUUUACGACCCAUCUGGUGGACCCAUCUCACCCUUGGCUCGAGUGGUGGUGGAGAGGAUUGCAAGAAAGGGAGAACAGUGUAACACCGUUCCCGACACCAUAGACGAUAUCGUCGCCGAUAUCGCUCAGGAGGAGAAAGAGGAAGGAGACAACACUCCAGACACUUGCAUCUACUCGAACUGGUCUCCGUGGUCAGCCUGCAGCUCGUCCACCUGCGAUAAAGGUCGAAGGAUGAGGCAAAGAAUGCUAAAAGCCCAGCUGGAGCCGAGCGUGCCCUGUCUGCACACGCAGGACUUUGAGCCCUGCAUGGGGCCCGGCUGCAGCGAGGAAGUGGAGCCGUCUACAUGUAUGAUGUCAGAGUGGAUCAGCUGGUCUCCGUGCAGCGCCUCCUGUGGCAUGGGCAUGCGGUCCAGAGAGAGAUACGUCAAACAGUUCCCAGAGGACGGCUCCAGCUGUACGCUGCCAACCGAGGAGACCGAAAAGUGUGUUGUCAACGAAGAGUGCUCGGCCAGCAGCUGCGUGGUCACAGAAUGGGGCGAGUGGGAACCCUGUAGUGUGAGCUGUGGAGUGGGGAUGAGGAGAAGAGAGCGCAUGAUGAAGAUGGAAGCCUCAGAUGGCUCACCCUGCCGCGUACAGCUGGCGGAGGCAGAGAAGUGCAUGAUGCCCGACUGCAAUGCUGUGGUGUGUAUGCUGUCUCCGUGGUCAGAAUGGGGCAAGUGCAGCGUGUCGUGUGGUGUGGGAAUGCGUUCCCGUCAGCGCAUGCUGAAGACGCCCGUAGAUCCCAGUCUGUGCCCAGAUGAGCUCGAGGAGGUUGAAAAGUGCAUGCAUCCAGAAUGCCCCACAGACUGCAUGCUGUCAGAAUGGUCAGCGUGGUCCGAGUGUAAUAAGUCUUGCGGGAAGGGUCACAUGAUCCGCUCACGGAUGGUCAAGCUGGAGCCUCAGUUUGGAGGCAUGCCAUGCCCGGAGACGGUCCAGAGGAAGAAAUGUAAGGUCCGCAAGUGUUCGAGAGGUUCCCGCGCCAGUGACAAAAAGAAGAGGCAGGACGUUUCGGACAGGCAACGAGUAAAGCAGAGACGAGAUUCGGUGGCAGAGGAGAGCACAGACUGUCCGAUGACCAGGUGGACAAACUGGAUGAGGUGUACCAAGCCGUGCGGCGGGGGGGUCCAGGAGCGCAUGCUGGUUUUGCCGAAGAAGUUCAAAGGCCCAGAGUACAAACACUGCAAAAACUUGAAGGAGUCCCGCGCUUGCAACGUGCACCUGUGCUAAAAGAGACAGUGUAUCACUGUAAUACACACACCCUGUCACAGUCACACGUCUCAGCUUAUAAAUGGCCGAAGUCGAGCAGCGUAGUUUUACACCAGGGUUUCCAGCAGGGGGAGCCGGCGAGAGACUGUGUGUCCCACAGUUACAGCUUAUUAUAGGAUUUUAGAGUUACACACAACGUGGAUCAGGCCUGUUAUCCGUGAUUAGUUUUAGUUGCCUUCUUAGCGGGCGUAUAUACUGUAUUAAUGUUUAACCAACACUUUUCAGUACAACUUCACAAUCAUACACUAAAUCAUCUGUGCACACUUAAUUUUUAAGAAGAAUGACAUUUGCAGUUCAAAGGUCUAAACGGAUACAUGCAAUAUAUACAUACAAAUAUAAGUAGCAUUUUUUUGUUUUAUGCAUCCAAAAUGCAUUAUCAGUUUAUCAGGUGAAAUGGGUGCGGAAAACAUUCUUUUGAUCCCCGUUCGUAAUACAAGGUCAAAAACAGCAAGAUUUCACCGCCUCUAUUGAACGAUAUCAAGGUGGGUCACCCACAAUCGAUGCCCAAUUGAUUCAAACAGCAAGCAUUUGGUGAAAAUGGGAUUGCUGUGCAAUUGGCACAGCAUGUGUGUGUGGUCUUCUUGACUGAAAAUGGUGUUGAAUAGAAACCAAAUCAGGUUUAUACGGAAUAAAGCAUUGGCUUGCGAAUAGUUUAACCUUAUUGUCCAGAAUUACAGUAUAAAGCACAGGUAAGCAUAACCAUUCACGUUUCUUUAUUUUAUUUUAUAAAUCGUGGUAUAUUUACAGAGUUUAAAAUAGAUUUGUGACUUUUUAUUGCAUUAAUAGAUGUAUAAUAGGCUAAUGUAAAAAUAUUAACAGAUUUAUAGGGUAAGAAGGCCUUUAAAUUAGACAUUUUAUUACUUUUACUGUGGAAUAUUGAUAUACUUGUAUUCAGCUUCGGAAAGCCUCGCCAAAGUCAUGUGUGGAUUUUACUCCAUUUCUCUCCUGUUUUUUUCCCCUGUAUUUUCCAUUCAUCCAUUCGCUCACAAUAUUCUACUAUUUUGGAAUAAAUCUUCUUUACAAUAAAAUUUUGUGACUAUG